GUGUGGUGAGGGUCUGACCGCACGUUGCGAAUGAGCUACGAGCGUGUUAACCGGCCAGCAGUGAGGGAGUGAAAGCAUUGGGAGGGUGGCACCAUGGGCAAAAAGAGUAAAAAGGACAAGAAGGGAAAGGGUGCUGAUAAAACCGCGACCAAAAUGGAGAAAAAGGUCUCCAAACGGUCGAAGAAAGAGGAGGAAGAUUUAGAAACACUAAUAGCUGAAUUCAGGCAACUUGAUGCAAAGAAGACCCAAGUAACAGAGGUGGCCUGUUCUCUUCCUUUGCCACGGUUGAAUGCAUCAUUGUCACCUUACCCUGAGAAAGAUGAAUUAAUCCUCUUUGGGGGUGAAUAUUUUAAUGGCCAAAAGACUUUUCUCUACAAUGAACUAUAUCUGUACAACAUCAAGAAGAACUCAUGGACAAAACUUGAAAUCCCAAACCCUCCAGCUCCUCGCUCUGCCCAUCAGGCUGUGGUGGUUUCUCAAAAUGGUGGACAACUUUGGGUGUUUGGAGGAGAAUUUGCAUCCCCUAAUGGUGAACAGUUUUACCAUUAUAAGGACCUUUGGGUGUUGCAUCUUGCGAGUAAGACAUGGGAACAAAUCAAGGCAACAGGUGGACCAUCGGGUAGAAGUGGACAUCGGAUGGUUGCUUGUAAGAGACAGAUCUUAGUGUUUGGUGGAUUCCAUGAAAGUACAAGGGAUUUUGUUUAUUACAAUGACGUUUACUCCUUUAACCUGGAUACACUCACAUGGUCAAAGUUAUUUCCUUCUGGGACUGGUCCAUGCCCUCGUUCAGGUUGUCAAAUGGCUUCCACUGCAGAUGGCAACGUGGUCAUUUAUGGAGGUUAUUCAAAACAGCGAGUAAAGAGAGAUGUGGAAAAGGGCAUUGUAUACACUGAUAUGUUUUUCCUGAAUAACGAAGGAAAAGAAGGUUCAGACAAAUGGGCCUGGGUUCGCAUGAACCCUACAGGAGUGAAGCCGUCACCUAGAUCAGGAUUCUCUUUGGCUGUUGCCCCCAACAACCGUGCUAUUCUUUUUGGUGGUGUGUAUGAUGAAGAGGAGGAAGAAGAUAUCCAAGGAGAGUUUUUUAAUGACAUUUAUAUUUAUGAUAUGGUAAAGAAUCGAUGGUAUGCUGGAAAGUUAAAGAGACACAAGGGGGAGAAAAAAAAACGAAGACGAGGAAGAAGAGAGGAAGAAGGAGCAGAAGUGAAAUCUGAAAAGCAAGAGUCACAGAGUUCCAUAGAAAUAGUGAAAGAAGUUGUUACUGAAGAUGGAACACUCAUGACUGUAAAACAGGUGAUAAACAACCCUGAGGCCAAACAAGACACACAAAGUGAGGAGGAGGAGGAGGAGGAGGAGGGUGCUUCUGAAACUGGCCCCAUCAUUGAGCCAUGUCCCCGGUCCAGUGCCAUGGCAGCUAUUAAAAAUGGUCUGUUUUACAUCUAUGGUGGAAUGUUUGAAGUGGGAGACAGACAGUUUACUUUAAAUGAUCUUUAUUGCAUUGAUCUGCACAAGAUGGAUGAGUGGAAGGUUCUGGUGGAAACUGAUCCAAAGACCCAGGAGUGGCUAGAUGAAGAAGAGUCAGAGGAUGAGGAAGAGUGUGAAGGAGCUACAGGAGGAAAUGAUGAGGAGGAAGAAGAGGAGGACAAUGACAGCAGUGAAGAAGAGGGAAAUGACCAUCCUCCAGUCCAACCAGCAGAACCUUAUUCAGACUAUAUGUCACGUACUGAGUCAUACUGGAUUCAACUGGCCAAGGAUAAUAUGGGCCAGAAUGCCAAAGAGAAGAAGACUUUGAAGGUGGCACAGGCAAUGGCAAAGACUUUUUAUGAUGACAGUGUUUGAUGAUCAGAGGUUAUGCAGAACUGAACCCCUGCCAGUAGUCAUUUGUUAAUAUGCUGCAACAAUUGUCUUUGAACUUGUCUGCAAAGUUUAUUGUUCAUUUAAUUAAUUGCAACUAUAUUAUCUUUUCUAUGUUGUAGUCCUUGAAGCCAAUUUCAGACAGAUUCAACAUUGUUACCUUUGCUGCAAUUUUUUUUCAGAAUCUUAAAUUACAGCAGAGGCACUAGCUUUAGUUUCUCAGCAAUUCCUUGCUUUAAUCUGUAUUGCUUUCUCAAUGAAUUUUUCAUUCAAAUGCGCCUUGCAUUUUUCGAAAUUCUUAACGGAAAAGUAAAGGUUAUUUGUGAUUGUGCCCUUCACCUUACUGUGGCAUAGAAGAAAAAUACAAAUAAUCCCUCAUUUGGCAAUCAAAUUUAAUUAUUUGCAUAUGUAUUUCUGACACAAGACUAAAGUUUAAAGUUAUAAUAACCAAUGGGAAAUACUGCCCAUGUGAUUUCCAUACAGCAGUUAAAGACGGAAGAAAUCAACAAGGAAGUAAUCUUAAAUUAUAUUUCAACCUUGGGUUUAACCAAUAAAACAUAGAUGUUAUGAUUUGGGUUCUUCUCCAAAUAUUGUUUCCUUUGCCCGGUGCAAAGGACCACUUCCUCACUCCCUCUGAAUCCAAAUAUGGCAUUAUUAGGAACAGGAAUAAGCCAUUUAGACUCUCAAACCUUUACCACCCUACCCUAUCUAUUCCCCUUAAUAUCUUGAAUACUUGAUCAAAUCACCUCGUAAUUGUCUAAAUUCCCUGGAACAUAGCCCUAGUUUGUGUAAUCUCUCCUCAUAGUUUAACCUUUGGAGUCGAGCUACAAUUCUACCAUUGAUUUGUAUAGCUUCUUUCAAGACCAGCAUUCCAUUAGUCUUUUUGAUUAUUUUCUAUACCUGUUCAUGACAUUUUAAUGAUCUAUUUACAUGGACCCCCACAUACCUUGGACCUCUACUGUUCCUGACUUUACGUUAUUUAGAAAGUAUCCUGUUCUAAUCUUUUAAGGUUCAAAAUACAUGACUUCACAUUUGCCUACAUUGAAAUCCAUUUGCCACAGCUUUGCUCAUUCAUUAAGCUAUCAAUACCUCUUUGUAGUUUUAUGUUUCCAUCUACACUUGAAGUAGUUUAUCAGGUAUCGGCUAGGGUGGUAGCAACUUGUUACUGCAUUCGCAAAGCACCUCUACUGUAGUAAGAUAUUCCAAAGUGCUUCACAAGUGUGUUAAUAAACCUUUUAUGUUGCUGGUAAGCUCACCAAAUAUAGCACAAGCCAUGUUGUACUCUCUGGGUGUCUUUUAUAAGCGAAUAAAACUGACAGACUCUGUCUUGCAAACUA